CUUAAAAGCCGAGCUCCCCUCUAAUUCCCCCUCAAAAUACAUCUCCAACUCAAUCCUCCUACUAACACUACUGCAACGGGAGUCAGGUAGACCACCAACACACCAACAAAAUGGGCUACACAACGCAAGCCGAAUUCGACGAGGCCCUCCGCACCGUCCGCACAACCUUCGCGACCGGCCGCACAAAACCCCUCGCCUGGCGGCGCCAACAACUCCGGCGCCUCUGGUGGAUGCUCGAAGACCACCGCCCCUCCAUCAUCGCCGCGCUGCAAACGGACCUCCACAAGUCCGAAGUGGAGACCACACUCGUCGAGAUCGGCAUGCUGCAAGCGGACAUCCUGCACACCCUCGACAAGCUGGCCGAAUGGACCGCCGACGAGAAGCCCACGCGCCUCGACCCCGUCAACCUCCUCGGGGGCACCGUCGUGCGCACCGAGCCGCUGGGCGUGACGCUCAUCAUCGGCGCGUGGAACUGUCCCUUCCAGCUGGCUUUGCAGCCGCUCGUCGCGGCGAUUGCGGCGGGGUGCGCGGCGAUCGUCAAGCCGUCGGAUGUGAGUGCUGCAUCCGAAGAGGUUUUGGCGCGGAUCAUGCCCGAGUAUUUGGAUCCCGAGGCGGUGCGGUGUGUGACGGCUGGCCCGGCGGAGAUGGAGUAUAUUCUGCAGCAGAGGUGGGAUCAUAUCUUCUAUACGGGGUCGGCGAAGAUCGCCAAGAUUGUGCAUGCCGCUGCGGCGAGACAUCUCACGCCGGUGACGUUGGAGUUGGGCGGCCAGGGGCCGGCGAUUGUGACGGAGUCGGCCGAUGUGGAGAUGGCCGGGAAGAGGAUUGCGGGGGCCAAGUUUUUGUUGGCCGGGCAGGUCUGCAUCAACGUCAACCACAUCCUCGCUCACCCCACCAUCCGCGACCCCCUCGUCGCCUCCCUCGCCCGGUGGUUCGACACCUUCAACGGCGGCCCAGACAGCAUCCCCCCCUACAGCUGCCACAUCGUCAACGACCGCAACUUCGACCGCCUUGAAUCGCUGCUCAGCCGCACGUCUGGUAAGAUCGUCUACGGUGGCGUCCGCGACCGCAGCAGCCGGUACUUCGGGCCCACGAUCGUCGUCGACGUCCAGCCGGACGACGUCCUCCUCACUGAAGAACUCUUCGGCCCGAUUCUCCCGAUCGUCGACGCCGACCUCGACGCCGCGCUCGCCUUCACCACUUCCCUCGAGCAUCCGCUGGCCUUGUACGCGUUCACGAACGUCGAGGCUGAGAAGGACCGGAUUCUGCAGACAACAAGCUCCGGCGGAGUCACAUUCAAUGAUUGUCUCCUGCAUGCCUUGGCAAAGGAUGCCCCCUUCGGCGGUGUGGGCCAUGCUGGCAUGGGCGCGUAUCACGGGAAGUACGGCAUCCAGGCGUUCUCGUAUCGGCGGACGGUCACGAAUGCGCUACCGAGUGUUCUGGAGGGGUUCAUGGAUGCGAGGUAUCCGCCUUAUACUCUGGAGAAGAUGCACAAGAUGAUGCCGAAGGUGACGCCGUCGUUUGAUCGCGACGGGAAUGAGAGGAGUUCGGUGGGCAAGGUGGCUGGCGCGGUGGGCGCGGUGGCUGCUCUGGGCGCAUCGGUCUGGUUUCUGGGCGGUGCCAGGGAGAGGAUUCCGGCUUAUGUGAAGGGGUGGUUGCGCUAGGCUUGUGUCUACGCUGUAUCUGUGUCUUGUUAGCUAUCGAUUGUAAUGGAUCUGUACAGGAUUUGGG